AUGAAAAUUCCUUUUGAUGAAUCUCUUUACACAACUGCUGUUGAUUUUGAUGAUGGUUGUUUAGAUGUAUCUAAACAUCAAGCAUCUGAUGUCAAUUCAAGUUUGGUUAUUCCUGAAAUGGAUUUGGAAUCUAAUAAUGGCGAUAGUUUAGAUUCAUCUUUAGAUUCCAGUUUGGUUAUUCCUGAAAUGGAUUUGGAAUCUGAUAAUGGUGAUAGUUUAGAUUCAUCUUUAGAUUCCAGUUUUGAAAUUCCUGAAAUCAAUUUCGAAUCGGAUUAUGAAGAUAACUCGAUUAUCUCUCAUUGGUAA